UCCCUGAUAUUCCAUAGGGCUGGGUAAAAAUAUCGAUUCAUCAAUGCAUUGCAAUUAUUUGUUUCUCAAUUCAAUAUCGAUUCAUCAAAUCCUAUGAAUCGAUUCAGCCCCCCCGGCCAGUGGCGGCGCUGUGGGCAACACUCUAGUGAGAGCGUUCAGCGUUGUACAAGACGCGCUUUAUCAAAACAGAAAGAUUAAAGAUGGCAAACAGCAGCACUUCUUUCAAGCCUGCACCAUCAACGUGAUCAAACAUUAGUAAUACUACACACAUUAUUUAAAAAUAUACCCGGGUACUUAAUUGCUUGUGUAUUUACUUAUGAUUGGAUCGAUAUCGACGCAAGCAAAUCAAUAUCGAAUUGAGUUGAAUCGAAGCCUCAAGAAUCGAAAUCGACUCGUCCCUGACUUUCAAUAUCUUAAAAAGGCCUUUUAAAAUUCCAUGAUAUUCCAGAAAUUACAUGACCUGUGGGAUCCCUGAGUUUACUACAGUAAUAAAUAUUAGUAUACUACAGUAUGUCUUAUGUGGUAUAUAGUAAUUUGAUAAACUGUAAUAUACUAAUGUUUUCUAACCAAAAACACAAUAGUAUCUAGGAAUUUUAGUAUGCUACAGUUGAGUUUACUACGUUAAAUACUACAGUAUACUAUACUACUGUAUUUUUCAUGUGGUAACGCCAGUUAUGUAAUGGCUGUAUAGACGGGUUGCAAGUUUACAAACAUUACAGGGUGCGCGCGCAGCCAGGAGGCAGAAAGCCCGAUUGGUGAGCUGAUCCGCUACUGCAACAACCUUAAUUAUUGAAGCAUUCUUUAUUGCUUGUAUAUAAAUAAAACUUGAUUUUAGUUGGAUCUGUUUUUCUGUCUUUAUUUUUGCAGUGUUACUGUGAUACAUGUAUGAAUUAUAAUGUUAGGCUAGUAACGUAAUAGUCGAAUCUACUGGUAUGUUAACAUCAGGCACUCUGUUGGUACUAUUUUCCACGCAACAACUCUUUGGCAUUUUGACUUACAGACAUCGCUACUAGCAUACAACACAAUGCACGUCUCUUCUUUCUGUCUCUCGGUUGCGCGCGCAACCAGUUAAUGACGUCGCCGAGCAACCCGUCUAUAUAAAUACGCUGAUCAUUCAAUUAUGUCACAGCAGAUCUCAAAGUACAGUAGGCCUAAUGCUAUCUCAAUUUGAUCUAAAAUAUGUCUGUAAAUAAAUAACUUACCUUUAUUUUGCCAUAAUCCCUUCUGCAGUCAGAGUUUAAUAUCGGACAUAAUUAGUACGUUACUCGCUUAGUUUAUCGUCAGCAAGCGAACUUUGAACUUCUAGACAGCAGUAUUUAUGACAACCAGUCAAUCAGAGACAACAACCGCGGAAUAGGAAAUUUUACUUAACAUGUCAAAGAAAGAUGGAUUUCACGUCGUCACGCCGCUUCUGGAAAGCACGGGGAUGUCUAAACGGCUCGGGACCACCGUGUUUCUAAAGAUGGAGAGCUCGCAACCCACUGGGUCUUUCAAAAUCCGCGGCAUAGGAUACAUGUGUCAAAAUGUUGCAAAUUCAACCAAGUCAGCUGGUGUGGUUUGUUCCUCUGGAGGUAACGCUGGCAUGGCCACUGCAUAUGCUUCAAGAAAACUCAGUCUUCCUGCCACGAUUGUUUUACCAUCUACGACGCCUCAUCUGGUAGUGGAGAAACUUAAGGAUCAGGGAGCUACAGUUAAAGUUGCUGGCAAGGUAUGGGAUGAUGCAAAUGCUGAGGCCCUCCGAUUGGCUAAAAUUGAAGGUCUUACUGUAAUACAUCCAUUCAACCAUCCUCUGGUCUGGAAAGGUCAUUCCAGUAUAGUGCAUGAACUCAAGGCCUCAUUGCCAUCCAAACCUGGAGCUAUAGUGCUGUCUGUGGGUGGUGGAGGUCUGUUUUGUGGGGUGAUGGAGGGGUUGGAUGAAGUCGGUUGGGGAGGUGUUCCUGUCCUUUGCAUGGAGACCGUAGGUGCAGACUGUCUCAAUGUCGCAUUGAAAGCUGGUGACCUAGUUACGCUGCCGGACAUUACAAGUCAAGCAACGUGUUUGGGAGCAAAAACAGCUUGCCAACAAGCGUUUGAGUACAGCAAACGGUCCACGGUUAUAUCAGAGGUGGUAACAGAUCUACAAGCUUUGGAAGCAAUAGAAACUUUCCUAGAUGAGGAGCGUGUGUUGGUGGAGUUGGCCUGCGGAGCGGCUCUGGCAGCAGUCUACAGUGGUGUCAUCCAGAGACUACAGGAGGAGGGACGCCUCCCUAAACCGCUGGAUCCGCUGGUGAUGAUCGUGUGCGGAGGUGGAAGUGUAAACCUGGCUCAGCUUCAGCACUUGCAGGCAGUUAUACGGAAAUAAACUCUUUUAUUAUCAGCCGUA